AUGGAACCAUCUCUUUCGCUAAAAUGGCUAGAAAUCGAGCGAGUCUCUGGUCAGAGGCCGCAGCUCAAAGGAGACGUACUGUCCAUGAGACAGCAAUAUAAGGUAUUCACAGACGAAGCCAACAGUUCUUGUACGAAGUCUUCAAAUCUCAGUAUUGAGGAUAUAAAGAUCACGCCUCAUCUGACAGCUAGGGUGUACCGCCCAAUUAUGUCGGAAGGAAGUCAGCCACUGCCCGUUGGCGUUUAUUUCCACGGCGGCGGUUGGUGCUGUGGUGACUUGGACGCGGAAGAUCCUUUCUGCCAACUCGUUGCCGAGAAUUUGCCUUGUGUCAUUGUCUCGGUGGAGUAUCGGUUGGCACCUGAAUACAAAAAUCCAACUCAGCUCGAGGAUGUUCUUGAGGGCUGGAACUGGGCAUUCAGGAACGCUUCGAAGCUGAAAGGGGAUAGCCAGAGAUACUUUGUCAUUGGGCAAAGUGCUGGAGGUCACCUCGCUCUUGCUCUAGUAAACAAGCUCGUCUACUUGGAUCGCCAGGGGGAGGUCCGUGGUAUAGCAGCCUUAGUGCCGGUUGCUGCUCAUCCGGAACAUAUCCCUGCUGAGUAUAUCGAUAAGUAUCGGUCAUUCAUAGAUUGCGCAAACGCGCCAGUUAUUACAGCCCCUGCUGUGAUUGAAUUCUUUGAUUCGGUGGGAGCCAGUCCACAGGACCCGGAUUUCUUCGUCAUAAACAGCGCCACUCUCGACAGGUUUCCUGCAACAUACCUUGCCGUUUGUGAUGUUGAUCCCAUUCGUGAUGACGGGUUAAUAAUUCAUGACGCUUUGAAUAAGGCCGGGGUUCCAACAAAGAUCAAACACUAUGUUGGACUACCCCACAUUUACUGGGCUUUCGGAUGCCCCGCUCCAAGUGGGACCUUUUUGGGUGAUGUACUUGAUGGCAUUAACUUUGCGAUCAGUUAA